ACCUGGGAGACCCGCUACAUGUUGCUGCUGUGGCUGUCUAUGACCUGUCUGAUACCCUUUGACCUCUCCCGUCUUGACGGUCACCUGACCUCUGACCCCGGCCAGGCCAGAGAGCCAAUCAUGGACCGCAUUCUGGCCGUCGCCAAGGUAACUAAUUCCAGCCUCUCCUGCCGGUGGGCAAUGUUCCGCCGUGUUCUCCCAGGUCCAGUCCAUGUAUGAUGUAUUUAGUUUGUAGCUAACCAUUUCUCUGUUGUUAUUUCCAGUCUUACCUGAUGGUCAGUGAUAAGUCCAGGGAUGCUGCCUCUGUGUUGGUAUCAAAGUGAGUAUUCAACCUUAUUGUUUAAAACCAAAAAAAGCAACAUUUGUGUUGCAUUUCAUGUUCUAGCCAGAAGAGGGAGGACUUGUACUUGAAGAUGCCUAGGCCACACACACACACACACACACAGUUUACGGAGUGUUCCUAGCGUGUCGUCAUCUAACUGCCUGUGUUUGCAGUUUACGGAGUGGUCCUUGCGUGUUGUCAUCUAACUGCCUGUGUUUGCAGGUUUGUGACGCGUCCUGAUGUGAAGCUGAAGCGACUAGGAGACUUCCUGGACUGGAGUCUGACCACCAUCUCUCAGGCCAGUGACCAGACCAUGGGAGGUACUGUGAUCCUGGACGGGGCCCUGCAGUCUCUGGUACGACACACACACACACACACACACACACACACACAGUUCGUCUGUCCGUGAGCGCAUGUAAGUGUGGAUUGCAGUGAUCAGUGUGAAGGCCUAGUUUACAAGAGCCUACAUGUAUGUUUGUGGGAGAUCAUAGCUCUUGUGGGUUUGGCAGGUUUGGCAGGUGUAUAGUGCUGUACCUGUUGUGAGUGUUUGAUGACUGGUCCCAGACCUGUUUUAGGAGCUGGUAUCCCAGAUCCCUAGGGGUUGGCUAUACAGCACAAACAGAUCUAGGAUCAGUGUAGUAGUCCAUAGAGGUGCUGUGGCCUAACUAACUAACCCCCAGUCCCUCACGCUCUUCCAGCUUGUCUUUCUCUUUCAUCUCUUCCUGUCCUGUAGUUGUGCCGUCACCAACCUCCUUGAUUAAACAGUGGAUUAGUCUAUUUUUUCAGGUUAACUCUUGUGUUGUGUCAGUUAGUCUAAAAAGCUAAUUUAAUGCAACCCUCAAGCGAGCAGUGUGUAAAAGUCAUAUUAUUGGCGUUGAAACUGGCGCUACCUGUUUUCAAACCGUUUCUCCUUCUCUCUGUGCUUCUGUAAUAUGACUGGGAGGGGAAACCGGCUUGUCUCUAUGUGGCACUCAGAGCGUUUAAAACUGGCUCUGUGUGUUCUGACUGCCCUAAGGGGCUUAAACUGGCUCUGUGUGUUCUGACUGCCUUAAGGGGCUUAGACUGGCUCUAGUAAGCUUUUUUUUUUGCAAAGUUGCAUUUUGAAUUUCACCAUGCAGCAAAACUUAAAAAGAGCCACUGAGAAAUGGGGAAAGAGACCGAGAGUGUUAUUAGAAGAGUGGUUAAGAUGAACCUUUAUUGGUUACUUUCAAUGCCAAUGUAAGUCCUUGCUGCUACAAUGUAAAGACAUGGAGAAGGUAGAGGUUUGUGGUGCUUUAACCCCAAACAACAUGUUGAUCGAACCCUUAAAAGGGCAGGAGGCACAACAUUAUGAACAAAAUAGGUGUUGGAAUUUCACAACUUUAAAGGAAAAUGUAUUAUUUUGAUCUCCUCCACGAUAUUGAUGUUGUUGCCCUCUCUCCUGACUCUCCUCUCUCUCCUGUCUCCUGUCUCUCCUCUCUCUCCUGUCUCUCCUGACUCCUCUCUCUCCUGUCUCUCCUCUCUCUCCUGUCUCUUCUCUCUCCUCUCUCUCCUGACUCUCCUCUCUCUCCUGUCUCUCCUCUCUCUCCUCUCUCUCCUGUCUCUUCUUUCUCCUCUCUCUCCUGACUCUCCUCUCUCUCCUGUCUCUCCUCUCUCUCCUCUCUCUCCUGUCUCUUCUUUCUCCUCUCUCUCCUGACUCUCCUCUCUCUCCUGUCUCUCUUCUCUUUCCUGACUCUCCUGACUCUCCUGACUCUCCUGUGUCUCCUGUGUCUCCUGUGUCUCCUGUGUCUCCUGUGUCUCCUGUCUCUCCUGUCUCUCCUGUCUCUCCUGUCUCUCCUCUCUCUCCUCUCUCUCUCCUCUCUCUCCUGUCUCUCCUCUCUCUCCUGUCUCUCCUCUCCUCUCUCUCCUGUCUCUCCUGUCUCUCCUCUCUCUCCUCUCUCUCCUGUCUCUCCUGUCUCUCCUCUCUCUCCUCUCUCUCCUCUCUCUCCUGUCUCUCCUCUCUCUCCUGUCUCUCCUCUCUCUCCUGUCUCUCCUGUCUCUCCUCUCUCUCCUGUCUCUCCUCUCUCUCCUCACUCUCCUCUCUCUCCUCACUCUCCUCUCUCUCCUCACUCUCCUGUCUCUCCUCACUCCUGUUUCUCCUCUCUCUCCUGUCUCUCCUCUCUCUCCUGUCUCCUGUCUCACUUCUCUCUCUCCUGUCUCACUUCUCUCUCUCCUGUCUCACAUCUCUCUCCUGUCUCACUUCUCUCUCUCCUGUCUCACUUCUCUCUCUCCUGUCUCACUUCUCUCUCUCCUGUCUCACUUCUCUCUCUCCUGUCUCACUUCUCUCUCUCCUGUCUCACCGCUCUCUCUCCUGUCUCACCGCUCUCUCUCCUGUCUCACCGCUCUCUCUCUCUCUCCUGUCCUCUCCCCUCUCUUUCCUCUCACCUCUCUCUCCUCUGUCUUCUAGGCCCAGCUAUUCAAGCAUGGCAAGAGAGAUGACUUUCUCCAGUAUGGUAAGAAUGUCCUUCAAUAGUUGCUUUUUGAUCAGCAAUUUGACUUUAGAUUGUGAUAAGAAGUUGUCUUACCUCCUUUAAUUGAAUGUACCUGUUGUCCCUCCAUUCUGGAUAAGAGCAUCUGCUAAAUAACUUGAAUGUAGGUGAUCUUCUGAUGUUGACUGAUGUGACCAUGUUGUGAUACUGGCUGUAGGUGAUGAUGUGAGAUACUAAUGCUGGGUGUACACUUCACCACUGUCUGAAUCCUGACAUCGCUGAGCCUCUCACAUUGAACCACCGUCUAUCCUGUAGUGUUUUGUCUUGCCAACGUAGUGGUGAGCACAUUAAACCAUGUGACACAGACGGGGAGUCACUUGGUAGUGAGGAUUCUCCAUACCACGCUGUCUCGCCAAAACAAUGAUGUGAAUAGAUUGUUAACGUAGCUACAAGGAGCUGUGGCUCAAAGCAGCCUCAUAAAUGUUUUCAGUCAGACAUUCACACUUGAACUACGGAGUUGAAAUAUCUAGCCAAUGCAUUUAGAAUUGAAUAACAUUGCUUGUAAACUUCAGAGCUGCAACGAUUUGACGGUUUGGUUAAAGGCAGGUACAAACACAUGCUAAUAGUAGUCAUGGUUCCUGCUCCAGAGUCUACCCAUUCUGGGUGAUGGGAAACAACGUCGUCAUCUCACUGGCUUCUUCUCUGGCCAGCUGUCAUUGGCUAUUGCUAAUCACCGUUCUCAAAAGUUGUCGUUGCACAUCUCACACUACAAGAGCGUUUGAGAUUUUGUGCCGAAAAAAGAUUUUAAAAAUAUCGUGAUGGCUCAAAGACGAGAUGGGUAGCCCUCAGAUUGCAUCUCUGACCCGCUCACAUUAAACGAGCGUCGGUGACGGCCACACGCCCCGAGUAGGCAACGACAUGAGGAGUUUGUCUCCGAUCUCAAGAACUUGUCUGGGACAGCUGAAUCGUAUGCCUGGCUUAACCUGUGAUGCUGCAGUGUCUGGGCCAGUGUAGUGUUACCAUGAUACUAAUGUGUGUCUGUGUGUGUGUUCCCCAGCUCCGGUGGUGCUGCAGUGUCUGGACCAGCGUCAUGUGGCAGAGAGCAGCCAGGCUAUGCUGAGGAAGCUGGGGGUCAAGCUGAUACAGAGACUGGGUCUCACCUUCCUCAAGCCGCGACUGGCCAAGUGGAGGUGAGACGCAUGCGCGCGCACACACACACACACACACACACACACACACACACACUGAGGUAGGGGUCAAGCUGAUGCAGAGACUGUCUCACCUUCCUCAAGCAGUGGAGGAGACACACACACUCCCUAAAUGUUAAUUUGGGAGCCUUUGCCGUAGAACAUUUCCUAAAGGAAACACUGUGUUGAGACUUUGUGUGUUUGCUUCUCAUUCAGGUACCAGAGAGGUAGUCGCUCCCUGGCAGCCAACCUGUCCCAGUCCCAGUCUAGCUCCACUGUAGAGGCU